AUGGCUCAAUGUGGUCCACGAAAGAUAUAUGCUGUGUUUACUCAGAAUGAAAUGGACUUUACUGUCGAAGUCCCUCCAGGAAAGUUCCAGUGCUUUUUCCAGCCUGUGGAUACCACUCAACAUAAGACCAUGGAAGUGGAUUAUCAGGUUAUUGAUGGAGGAGACUUGAACAUAAACUUCAUGAUCAUAAUGGGCGCCAAUGUGUUAGUCCAAGAGAAUAUGAAAACUGACGGCAGUCACAGGCUAGAUCUACAGCUUUCUGGCGAUUACCAAGUUUGCUUUGACAACUCGUUCAGUUAUCAGUCUCGUAAGGUCGUAUUCUUCGAAAUCUACCUUAUGAAUGAAAGGGGUGAGACUGAUGAUCAUGACCUGAAAGGGAUGGCACAGAAUAAAGUCGAUUUUGAGAAGAAAAUGGAAGAAAUUGGAGUGGCCAUAGUAGGAUUCCAUGAUUCUGCAAACCGAAUUAAAUCUCAGCUGAACAAGAUCGAAUAUCAUCAGGCUCUUCUACGAGCUCAUGAAGCUCGCGAUCGUGCUAUCAUGGUGGCUAAUUUGGAUCGAGUAACAUUCUGGAGCUGUGCGCAUACUCUAGUUCUCUUAGGUGUUGGUGCAUUGCAGGUCUACAUGAUCCGAAGUAUGUUUGAAGACAACUCUAAGCUAGGGCGCCUCAUAAGAAGUGGAAAAUCCGGGUCGUGUUAUUCACCAUACCGUAACUUUUUUGUCUACCUGAUUGCAUUACCACAUGCUUGGGCUCUCAUUUCGGAAGAAGAAAUAGCUUUGAAUGUCCAAGUGCCAUCCGGCAAGGUAGAAUGUUUCUUUAUCCCAAUUGUGAAGCCGACCUAUAGGUCAUUGGAGCUCAACUACCGGGUAGUCAAAGGAUCUGGUGGGAACAGAGACAUCACUGUGACUUUGCGAGAUCCAAGGGCAGUGGAAGUGAUCUCUGAUCAAAGAAUCAACUACCAUAGUCACCGUGUCGUCAUUGGUGACUCUGAUGGUUCUCGUGGCGACUAUACCAUAUGUCUGGACAACAGUUACAGUUACGACACCAAAGUGGUUGCACUAGCCAUCUAUCUCCUGGACGAGAAAGGCGAAUACAUUGGCGAGCAAGCCACUUUGUCACCGACUAAUGCAUUAAACAUCGAGCUAGAAGUUUUCGAGGCUUCCACUCGUCGGGUGAAGGCCAACUUAAAUAGGGCUGAAAACGAGAUGAACGUGUUGCGUACAACCAGUCUUGCUGACCGCACAAUUGCUGAGCAGAACUUUGAAAAAGUAAACUGGUAUGGAACACUAAAUACAUGUGUUAUGGUGAUUUCUGCGAUUACACAGGUGUAUGUAAUCAGGAGUUUGCUCACUGAAGGAUCUAGUCUUGGCAAAUUUUUGAGAAAAGGACAACUGUGACAUUGCAGCACUAUUAUAGAAUCCACUACUUAUUUCUUACCGUAUAUUUCACUUAAAUUAUGCCCAUCGUUAGCCUGGUUUGUAUACGGUUACCUCUUUUUAAACAUUGCCUGAGAAUCUCUUGCGAAAAUAUAUAUUGAGCACAAAUUUUUCGUUUAACUAAUAAUCAGCAAUAUAAAUCAAAAGUAACAAAAACAAGGAUAUAACAGAAACAAC